GAUGCGGUUCAUAUAAAUAAAUUUAAUUUAAUGAGAACGUUCUUGCGGAGGAGGUACACGUAUUCUUUUUGGUCCAAUCAAAUUGAAACUAAAUAAAAAGCAGAAACGCAUAAUGUUACGACUAAAUUGCUUGUUACUUCUUUUAUGUGCUAUAAUAUAUGUUAACGCUGUUCCUAAACCAGAUGAAUUAAAACAACAUCCACAUGAACAUGAUUCCGCCAAUGUUAAACAUUUCGACGGAGAUACCCAUAACACACAAUAUGAUCACGAAGCUUUUUUGGGUGAAGAUGAAGCCAAAGAAUUCGACCAAUUACCUCCAGAAGAAAGUAAAAGAAGAUUGGGUGUUAUUGUAGAUCGUAUUGACGAUAAUAAGGAUGGACUUGUAGAUUUAUCUGAAUUAAAAAGAUGGAUUGAAUAUACAAAGCGACGGUAUAUUGAUGAAGACGUUGCUCGUAUUUGGAAACAACAUAAUCCAAACAAUAAUGAUACAAUUGAUUGGGAGUCUUAUCGUAAAAAUGUUUAUGGGUUCAUGGAAGGAAUGACUAAGGAAGAAUUAGAACAUGAAGAAAAUGGUAUAUCAUAUCAGGGUAUGCUUAAAAAAGAUCGUCGGCGGUGGGGUGUUGCCGAUCAAAAUUUAGAUGAUGCUCUUACAAAGGAAGAAUUCACCGCUUUUCUUCAUCCCGAAGAACAUAAAACUAUGCAAGACAUUGUAUUAAUGGAAACUUUGGAGGAUAUUGACAAAAAUAAAGAUGGGAAAGUGUCAGUAGAUGAAUACAUUGGUGAUCUUUACCGUGCUUCAGAACCUAGUGAAGUCGAACCAGAAUGGGUUGUUAGUGAACGUGAAAGCUUUUCAAAAUUUCGUGAUUUAGAUGGUGAUGGCUUUCUUAAUCGAGAAGAGGUACGUGCAUGGGUAGUGCCCAAGGACUUUGAUCAUGCUGAAAGUGAAUCAAAACAUUUGAUAUUUGAAGCUGAUCAAGACGGUGAUGAAAAAUUAACAAAAGAUGAAAUACUUGAUAAAUAUGAUAUUUUCGUUGGCUCACAAGCGACCGACUUUGGAGAAGCGUUAGCUCGUCACGACGAAUUUUAAAGUCAAAGAAGUCUAAAAUUAAUAUUAAUCUCGAAUAUAUGUAGUCUCUAAUAGAUUUUAAAUAUUUAAUACUGAUUUUUUAUGUAA